CCCACGUCACGGACCUCCUCAGGCGGCCGUCCAAUCAGAUCGCGGGGAGGAAAUGAGAUCACGGUAUCCAUCCGCGCCGUGUGCCCCGUGUUCCUCCGCGCCGCUCGCCCCUCUUUGUACGCAGCGCGCUUGGCAGCGGGUGUAAUCGGGCGGAGGGAUCCCCGGGGAGGGACUGGCACUGUGACCGAGGAGGGGGAUCCCGUAGGAGGAGAUUUCCAGGAAAGGAGGACUGUCAACAGUUUGAAUAUCUUCUUUAGGAUUAUCAAUUAAAAAAGAAACAUGGACACCGACCUGUUUAUGGAGUGUGAGGAGGAGGAGCUGGAGCCAUGGCAGAAAAUGAGUGACAUCAUUGAAGACUCUGUUGUAGAGGAUUACAGCUACUUAGACAAAACGCCAACAGUUCUGAACUUCCAGUCAGUCUCUGCUCCUCUGCCAGUGGUUGCUCAUCAGUCUCUAAACACCCAUUACUCCACAGCCACCACAUUGACAAACAGCAUAGCUCAGAACAAUGACCACACCAAGAAGACUGUGGUGACUCUUUUUGCAAAUAACAGUGGUACAACUCCCAUUAUGCAGUCUGGUGGCCAGCCUCUCAUACUGACCCAGAAUACAGGAACUGGCCUUGGCACAAUGGUCACUCAGCCUAUGCUUAGACCCAUGCAAGUCAUGCAAAAUGCCAAUCAUGCCAACAGCUCAUCAGUGGCGACGCAGCCCAUUUUCAUAACUACCCAGGGGUUUCCAGUACGGAAUGUGAGACCUGUACAGAAUAGUAUGAAUGCCAUGAACACUAUGAACCAGGUGGGAAUUGUGCUGAAUGUACAGCAAGGACAGACUGUCAGACCUAUCACUAUAGUGCCAGCACCAGGCACCCAGUUCAUGAAGCCAGCGAUGGGAGUUCCCCAAAUGUUUUCCCAAAUGACACAGGUGAGACCUGCCCCUGCGGGACCUGUGCGUCCAGCCACCAACACUUUCACUACGGUCAUCCCUGCUACCCUUACCAUCAGGAGCACGGUUCCUCAAUCUCAGGCACAAGUCAACAAGACCACUCCCAGCACAUCUACCACUUCUGCUCCCAGUCAGCCACCUGUGGCUCUCCGACAGAUAGCUAUGCAGCCGCCUCAACAGACGGUACCCGUGAGCCAGAACAACCAACAGAAUGCAAACACCAAACUAGUGAGUAUUGCCAGUUUUGUGGCAGUGAAGAGGCCUGGGGAUACAAAUGACAUGGUGAAGUUUGUGAAUGCAGUGACUGGCAGCCAAACCACUGUUCAAACCACCAGUACCAUGGUUCUUGCCAACAGUGGUACUAUCAACAAUCCAAACAACGGCAGUCUACAACGUGUCCUACCAAACGAGCCCCUUGCCGUGAAAGCCCCCACUCCCAGCAAUUCACCCUUUUCAACAACCACAACAUUUGAUGCCUCUGACACGGGGAGGAAGAACUGCCCCAGAUGCCACACACUGUUUCGGGUUACAGAAGCCCUGCGGGGUCACAUGUGUUAUUGUUGCCCUGAUCUUGUUGAUUUCACAAAGAAAAACAAAGCCCAAGAUACUGAACUGACGCUGCAGGAUACACAGACAUCAUCCCCAGAUAAACCCGCGUCCAUUGCUCCUUCUGCCACACCAGACACUAAUUUGCAGUCAAAUAGCAAAGGCCAGGAAGCUGGCAGCGAGGAGGUAUCCCAAGGAAAGCUUAUUAUGCUAGUCGAUGAUUUUUACUAUGGACGAGACGUGGGUCGCACCUACCAGAUGCAAGGGUUCCUCAAGGUGGCCACCACUUUCCGUUGCCCACACUGUGCAAAGCGGUUGAAGAAUAACAUCAGGUUUAUGAACCACAUGAAGCACCACAUCGAGUUGGAUCAGCAGAAUGGUGAGGUUGACGGGCACACAACAUGUCAACACUGCUACCGCCAAUUCUCUACUCCUUUCCAGCUCCAGUGUCAUUUAGAAAAUGUCCACAGCUCCUACGAAUCAACCACAAAGUGCAAGAUCUGUGAGUGGGCAUUUGAUAGUGAACCACUCUUCCUGCAGCACAUGAAGGAUACACACAAGCCAGGAGAGAUGCCCUAUGUAUGCCAGGUAUGCUACUACCGUUCAUCAAUUUACGCCGAGGUCGAUACCCAUUUCCGAUUAAACCAUGAAGACACACGGCACCUGCUCUGCGUCUACUGCUUAAAGGUGUUUAAGAAUGGAAAUGCCUUUCAGCAGCAUUUCAUGCGACACCAGAAGAAGAGUGUAUAUCACUGCAACAAAUGCCGCCUUCAGUUCCUCUUUGCGAAGGAUAAGAUAGAACACAAACUGCAACAUCACAAGACUUUCCGCAAACCCAGACAACUGGAGGGGCUGAAACCUGGUACCAAGGUUACUAUCCGGGCAUCACGAGCUGCUCCUCGACCCCUUCCUCAUUCUCCUUCGGACACCCCAUCUUUACCCUUGCCAGACAUGGAUACAGAGUCGAUUGCUCCCUCUACAGACUCGCAGAGUGUUAACUCUUCACAGCAGGGAAACAUUCAGUUACGAACCCCUAUUGGGAAGCCAUCUUGUCUAGAGUGCAGCUUCAAUGUUCCAGAUUUCAAGAACCACUUCCCAACCUACGUGCACUGCUCUCUAUGCAGAUAUCGCACGUGCUGCUCUCGGGCCUAUGCUAACCACAUGAUCAAUAAUCACGUUCCGAGGAAGAGCCCUAAGUAUUUGUCGUUGUUUCGAGGCUGUUACCCAAGUGAAGUGAUGGCUCUGGCGUGCUCAUCGUGCCUUUUUGUGACUCGGAUAGGAGAUGCUAUGGCUAAGCAUUUGGUCUUUAACCCAACUCAUACCUCAAGCUCAGUUCUAUACCCAAAUUCAUCCUCUUCGUGCUUCUUAAGGAUAACUGAAUCCCGGGACAAAAGCCUGAAGAGCUCUAACAAACUAAGCGAUGAUAAAAGUGAUAAGGCAUUUGAGCCUAAGCUGGAAGAUGUGUCACCUUUUUCAGAGACUCGUAGCAAGGCGAAGGAUAAGCCAAUUAAUGUGGAUGAUCUUGAGGACAUUGAAGAUGAACAACAGCUGAAACAAACUGAAUCACAGAACAAGCAGGAGCAGCUGAGCGUCAAAAAGCUUCGUGUUGUGUUAUUUGCACUUUGCUGUAACAUAGAACAGGCUUCUGAGCAUUUCCACAACUCACCACGCCGCAUCAGACGCUGGCUGCAACGGUUCCUGACUUUCCAAGAGGAGAACCAGGAAGGCCUGUCCGAGGGCAAGUACCUAGGCGCAGAGGCAGAGGAGAAGUUGGCAGAGUGGGUGUUGACUCAGAGAGAGCAACAACAGCCUGUAAACGAAGAAACACUCUUCCAAAAAGCCACCAAGAUUGGACGUUCUUUAGAAGGAGGAUUUAAGAUCUCCUAUGAGUGGGCAGUGAGGUUCAUGCUUCGACACAACUUGAGCACACACUCCAAAGUCACUGUUGCUAAUCCUUUGCCUAAGGAAAUGGAAGCCAAUGCUCAGACUUUCUUAGAGUUUGUGCAGCGGCAAAUACACAAUCAAGACCUCCCACUGUCCAUGAUUGCUGCUGUAGAUGAAAUCUCCCUGUUUCUUGACAUGGAAUUGCUGUGUAGCGAUGAGAGGAAGGAAAAUGCAUUACAGACAGUGGGAACAGGGGAGGCUUGGGUGGAUGUGGUGCUUACAGUCUUAGCUGAUGGCAGCCUACUGCCCACGCUUGUAUUCUCUCGCAGCCGUAACACUGCAUUAAGGGGAGUUCCAGACGCAAUUUUAUUGGAAACCAGAGAUGACGGUUAUACAGAUGACGAAAUCAUGGAGCUUUGGUCUUCUCGGGUGUGGCAGAAACACACAGAGUGUCAGAAUAAUAAAGGCAUGGCUGUAUUAGAUUGCCAUCGAUCUCAUCUUUCAGAAGAAGUUCUGUCUGUCCUAAGCACCACUUGCACCUUGCCUGCUAUUGUCCCCGCAGGCUGCAGCUCCAAAAUACAUCCUUUGGAUGUCUGCAUAAAGAGGGCAGUGAAGAAUUUCUUACACAAGAAAUGGAGAGAGCAAGCUCUGGAGAUGGCUGAGACCAGCUGCGAUUCAGAAACCCUGCUGCAGCUUGUGCUGUGUUGGCUGGCUGAAAUAUUGGAAGUAAUUUCCGAACAUCCAGAACUGGUACAGCAGUCAUUCCUUGUUGCCAGUGUUCUUCCUGGGCCUGACGGAACGGCGAACUCUGACAAGCGAAACGCGGAGAUGCAGGAGGAGCUGAUUAACCUGCUAGAGGAACAGUUGAAACUCAACAGUGGUGAACAAGAUGAUGAUACUGACCAAUGCAAUGACAGCCAACCUGAGGAAUGCGCUGACCCAGAUGUUCUCCAACAGCUAUUUGAGGGAGAGAGUGAUACUGAGUCUUUCUAUGGUUUUGAGGAAACUGAACUAGAACCCAUGUAAAUAUUUACCUAUCCUCCUCCCAAAUUAGUUUGAUGUUGGGCUAAAGCAUUCCACGUAACAUCAGGGUUUAGGAUUUUUUGACUGAUUAAUAGCAUUAGUUUUUUUUUUUUUUUUUUUUGUUCUUCUCCUGAAUAUAUUUGUAUUUUUGUUUUCUUCUCCCUCCCCUUGAGAUGAUACGGCCCUUUGCACAUCUUGCUUUUCCAUUUACUGUAGCUCCUGACAAAGUGUCCAAAAAUAAAUAUCAUUGUUUUAGUAUGGAACCCCACUGUUACUUUUCCAACCUCAUACAACAAAUUAUGAAUCUAAUUUCACAUUGCAAACUGAAUUGUAAAUUGUACUCAAUAGUUGCAUAUUUUCAGAGUUGUGGGCAGGCCCCCCCCCCCCUUUUUUUUUACCCCUCCCCCUUUUCCCCCCAUGUUGGAUUUAUGCGCAAGACAACCAGCGAUGGUGUUUGAUUUGGUAGAAUCCCCUCAAAGCAACCACUAUUUAAAUGUAAUCUGACUGUUGAGAAAGGUCGCAAUUUAAAGUUUUAAUUGUGGUGCCUUCCCCUACACACAGCAUCGUAAGAAUAUCUGAUGGGGACUCAAUUCUUCUGAUAUGUUUAAGAGAAUGGGCUGCUAAUAAACUGCAAGAAAAUAA